AUGAGUUCAACUAUUGUAAAUAAAAUGGAAGAAGCUAUGAAUUAUUUAUAUUAGAUAUUAGCAUCAUAAUCAGAAGUAUAAUUACCUAAGAAUUACAAUUAAUAAACUAACAUAUGCUCAACGAUCAUAGUUUUUUAAAGAUAUGUUUCUAAUACUUAAACAAUAUUUUUAUAUGGAUAUGAUUCCAAUUCAUUAAUUAUUAUCAAACAACAACACUAUAAAUUAGACGAGUUUAUUGUAAAUGUUCCUUAAUAUUUCAUAAGAGUUUAACAAUUUUUGUCCUCAAUCCUUAUUCAAUAUUAAUAGGUUUGUAUUCAUUUCAUAAAUUAUGCUUCAUUAAAUGAAUGUGAUAGCAUUUAAAUAAAAUAAGAGGCUUAUAAUUUACUUGAAGUGCCUUAUCCUUAAAGUAAAAUAAUAGUAUGGAUAGAAUAUUAAAAAAAUCUACAAUUUCCAAAUGAUUGCCUUUAAAUAAAAUUUCCUGACAAUUAAUUGGCAUUAUUAAAAAUUUAGAGUAAUUUGAUCAAGAAUUAUGAGAUGUAUGAAGAGUUUACUAUAAAAUAAAUUACUCAAAUUUAAGGAAUUCAUAAAUAGUUUAAGUAAAAAAUAGAAUUAUGUGAAAAAUAAGUAGUAACUUUUAAUUUUCUGAAUUUAAUUAAAUCUAUUACUUUAUUAUAAGAUAUGCCUGAUUAAAUAUAGUAUUAGGCAUAAUUAUUAAUGAAUUUACCUAGUUAUACUGGUUAAGAUGUAAUGAUAAUGAUAGCAAAACUUAAAUUGUAUAAAUAGAAUGCAAUUUUAAGUAAAGUUAUAAACUAAUAAAAUUUAAAAAUUAAUGAAUACUUGUAAGUAGCCAAAACUGAUCUAAAUUUAUUUAAAGAUUAAAAAAAUCACCAUUUUCCAAAAAAAGGAGAGAAUAGCUAAAAGUAUUUUUUAUUAAUUAUAAUUUAGAUGUAAAGUUUGUCAAAAGAACAGCAAUAAAGUUAGAAAAUCAAGCUAUAUUUGUGAAGCUUGUUAAAAAUAUUAUUUGAUAAAAGUAACACUUUGCACAACAAGAUGUUUUAAAGUAUUUCAUUUAAAUCCAGAAAAGUAUUUAAGAAGAAAAAAUAGAAUUAAAAAAAUUAAAGUAGAAGAAUGA